AGGAUGCAAGCACAGAGGACAGCGAAAUAGCGAAAUGCAGUCAGCUGUGCGCUAACCAGCAGGCAUGCCGCCCUAGUUUCGUCUCAAAAUAGCUCUGACCCGAUACGGCGCAAAAUGGGUUAAAAGGAAUAUGGCCUGGAUCGCGCAAACUUUCAGACACUUUGCUUUUACAUGGGAUUGGGUCUCUUAGUGUUACGGAGCGGCCAAAUGAGGAGAGGAGACAAUACAGAAACGGAAAUUCGCAUCUAGUAUUUUUCUUUACUUUCCCCCACCCUAUUCUCUUUUUAAGACAUGAUUACAGAGUUGGUGUGUAGCGCGGUGGCAUUGGUCCUCUAUCUCAACACACUGAACGCGGAUUUCUGCUACGAUGACAGCCGUGCGAUCAAGACCAACCAGGACCUUCUCCCCGAGACCCCGUGGACCAACGUCCUGUAUGAUGACUUCUGGGGCACCCUGCUCACCCACAGCGGCAGCCACAAGUCUUUCCGACCCCUCUGCACCCUCUCUUUCCGCCUCAACCACGCCCUGGGCGGCCUGCGCCCCUGGGGCUACCACCUGGUCAACAUGGGCCUUCACGGGGCUGUCACAGGCCUUUUCACUGCCCUCUGUCGCCCCCUCCUGGGGGGAGGUCCGUGGAGUCUUCUGGUGGGACUCCUCUUCGCCUCCCACCCGGUGCAUACGGAAGCCGUGGCGGGGGUGGUGGGGAGGGCCGACGUCGGUGCUGCACUGCUGUUCCUCUUGUCUCUUCUCUGUUACACAAGGCACUGCGGGCUCCGCUCGGCCUACACGGCCUCUUCUAGGGACUGUCAGACCAGGGGCUGUGGUAGGCUCCGAGCCUGGACGUGGCUGUGGCUGCUGGGGAGCCUGGUCUGCGCAGCGUCCAGCAUGCUGUGGAAGGAGCAGGGAGUCACGGUGCUGGCCGUAUCAGCGGCUUAUGACCUCUUUGUGUUCCAGCGGCUCCGGUUCCGCCAGGCGGUGGUCGUGCUCCUGGGGAAGAAGAGGAACACCACUGUACUGCUGAGUCUGAGUGUGUUGGCCUCCUGGGGCGUGCUUCUCCUGGCUGCUCGUCUCUACUGGAUGGGUAACAAGCCCCCCAACUUCUCCAACUCAGACAACCCGGCGGCCGACUCGCCACACCUUCUCACGCGAACACUGACCUUCCUUUACCUGCCCGCCGCCAACGCCUGGCUCCUCCUAUGCCCUGUCCAGCUCAGCUUCGAUUGGUCCAUGGACGCUCUACCGCUAAUCAAGACCUUUUCUGAUUGGAGGAACCUUCACACCGUGGCCUUCUAUGCUGGAUUUACUCUCCUGGCCUGGUAUGGCCUCCGUAGCAGUAGCAUCCCCGACUCCAAGGCCAAGGAGACCAAUGGGAAAGCUCACUUGGCGAACGGGAAGGCCCUCACCAAUGGGCACAGCUACCAUCCUCCAGACGGCAACCACAACAACCACAACAUAAACUCAGAGCAGGGCUCUCCAAAGACCAAUGGGAAAACCACCCUCAACGGGAAUGGGUUCACCAAAACCUACCAAUGUUCCCCUCGGACCACCCACCCCUCCCUCCCCUCCCUUGCCACCCUCCCCUCCACGGAGAACGUGGUGGUCUUCUCCCUGGGCCUACUCUCGCUGCCCUUCCUCCCGGCCACAAACCUCUUCUUCUAUGUGGGCUUUGUGGUGGCCGAGCGGCUGCUGUACAUACCCAGCAUGGGCUUCUGUCUGCUGGUGGCGGUGGGGAUCCGGGCCCUGUACGUCAGGCUGAGAACCAGGGGCCCCAGGGUCGUGCUGCUGGGUCUGUGCGCGGGCCUGGUGCUGCUGUACGGCAUCAAGACGGUGCUGAGGAACAGGGACUGGAGCAACGAGGAGAUGCUCUACAAGUCAGGGAUCAGUGUUAACCCCGCUAAAGCAUGGGGCAACUUGGGAAACGUCCUGAAGAACCAGGGCAAGAUGGCAGAGGCGGAGAGGGCGUACCGGAAUGCCCUGUAUUACCGGGGAAACAUGGCUGACAUGUUGUAUAAUCUGGGUUUGCUGCUUCAAGAGAACCACAGGUCCUCAGAGGCACUGCAUUACUAUAAGCUGGCCAUUGGGAGCAGGCCAACUCUGGCGUCGGCCUACUUGAACACAGGCAUCAUCCUGAUGAACCAGGGCGGUCUGGAGGAGGCCAAGAGGACCUUUGUAACCUGCGCUGAGAUCCCAGACGAGAACCUGAAGGACCCCCAUGCCCACAAGAGCUCCGUCACCAGCUGCCUGUACAACUUGGGCAAGCUGCUCCACGAGCAGGGCCUGCAGGAGGAGGCUCUGUCUGUCUAUAAAGAAGCGGUGCAGAAAAUGCCGAAGCAGUUUGCACCUCAGAGUCUCUACAACAUGAUGGGAGAGGCCUACAUGAGGCUGAAUAGGCUGGAGGAGGCGAGCCACUGGUACAGAGAGUCGCUCAGGGCCAAGCCAGACCACAUCCCCGCACACCUGACCUACGGGAAACUCCUGUCCAUCAUUGGGCAGAAGACUGAGGCAGAGGGUUACUAUCGAAGAGCCAUUCAGCUGGACCCUUCCAAAGGAAACUGCUACAUGCAUUAUGGCCAGUUUCUGCUGGAGCAGUCUCGUCUGGCGGAGGCAGCAGAGAUGGCAGAGAGAGCUGCAGAUCUGGACAGCUCAGAGUUUGAUGUGGUCUUCAGCGCCGCUCACAUGCUCAGACAGGCCAGUCUAAACCAGGCAGCAGAGCGGCAUUAUGAGCGCGCGGCAAACCUCAGACCAGACGUCCCUCCAACAGCCCCUCAGCAGGCCCCUCCAACAGCCCCUCAGCAGGUCCCUCCCUACAACAGCCCCUCAGCAGUUACCUCCCUCCAACAGCCCCUCAGCAGGUCCCUACAACAGCCCCUCAGCAGUUACCUCCCUACAACAGCCCAUCAGCAGGCCCCUACAACAGCCCCUAAGCAGGUCCCUACAACGGCCCCUCAGCAGGUCCCUACAAUCGUCCCUCAGCAGGUCCCUCCCUCCAACAGCCCCUCAGCAGGUCCCUACAAUCGUCCCUCAGCAGGUCCUUCCCUACAACGGCCCCUCAGCAGGUCUCUUCAACCGCCCCUCAGCAGGCCCCUACAACAGCCCCUCAGCAGGCCCCUACAAAAGCCCCUAAGCAGGUCCCUACAACGGCCCCUCAGCAGGUCCCUCCCUACAAUGGCCCCUCAGCAGGUCCCUCGAUCCAACAGCCCCUCAGCAGGUCCCUCCAACAGCCCCUCAGCAGGCCCCUACAACGGCCCCUCUGCAGGUCCCUACAACCGCCCCUCAGCAGGUCCCUACAGCAGCCCCUCAGCAGGCCCCUACAACAGCCCCUCAGCAGGCCCCUACAACAGCCCCUCAGCAGGUCCCUACAACAGCCCCUCAGCAGGUCACUCCCUACAACAGCCCCUCAGCAGGUUCUUCCCUAUAACGGCCCCUCAACAGGUCCCUCGAUCCAACAGCCCCUCAGCAGGUCCCUCCAACAGCCCCUCAGCAGGUCCCUACAACCGCCCCUCAGCAGGUCCCUCCAACAGCCCCUCAGCAGGCCCGUACAACAGCCCCUCAGCAGGUCCCUACAACGGCCCCUCAGCAGGUCCCUACAACGGCCCCUCAGCAGGUCCCCCCCUACAACAGCCCCUCAGCAGGUCCUUCCAUACCACGGCCCCUCAGCAGGUCCCUCGAUCCAACAGCCCCUCAGCAGGUCCCUCCAACAGCCCCUCAGCAGGCCCCUACAACGGCCCCUCAGCAGGUCCCUACAACCGCCCCUCAGCAGGUCCCUACAGCAGCCCCUCAGCAGGCCCCUACAACAGCCCCUCAGCAGGCCCCUACAACAGCCCCUCAGCAGGUCCCUACAACAGCCCCUCAGCAGGUCACUCCCUACAACAGCCCCUCAGCAGGUUCUUCCCUAUAACGGCCCCUCAACAGGUCCCUCGAUCCAACAGCCCCUCAGCAGGUCCCUCCAACAGCCCCUCAGCAGGUCCCUACAACCGCCCCUCAGCAGGUCCCUACAACAGCCCCUCAGCAGGUCCUUCCAUACCACGGCCCCUCAGCAGGUCCCUCGAUCCAACAGCCCCUCAGCAGGUCCCUCCAACAGCCCCUCAGCAGGUCCCUACAACCGCUCCUCAACAGGUCCCUACAACAGCCCCUCAGCAGGUCCCUACAACGGCCCCUCAGCAGGUCCCUACAACCGCUCCUCAACAGGUCCCUACAACGGCCCCUCAACAGGUCCCUACAACCGCUCCUCAACAGGUCCCUACAACCGCUCCUCAACAGGUCCCUACAACCGCUCCUCAACAGGUCCCUACAACAGCCCCUCAGCAGGUCCCUACAACAGCCCCUCAGCAGGUCCCUACAACAGCCCCUCAGCAGGUCCCUACAACCGCUCCUCAACAGGUCCCUACAACGGCCCCUCAGCAGGUCCCUACAACAGCCCCUCAGCAGGUCCCUACAACGGCCCCUCAGCAGGUCCCUCCCACAACAGCCCCUCAGCAGGUCCCUACAACAGCCUCUCAGCAGGUCCCUCGAUCCAACAGCCCCUCAGCAGGUCCCUCGAUCCAACAGCCCCUCAGCAGGUCCCUCCAACAGCCCCUCAGCAGGCCCCUACAACAGCCCCUCAACAGGUCCCUACAACCGCCCCUCAGCAGGUCCCUACAACUGCCCCUCAGCAGGUCCCUCCUCCAACAGCCCCUCAGCAUGUACCUCCCUCCAACAGCCCCUCAGCAGGUCCCUACAAUCGUCCCUCAGCAGAUUUUUCCCUCCAACAGCCCCUCAGCAGGUCCCUACAACAGCCUCUCAGCAGGUCCCUCGAUCCAACAGUCCCUCAGCAGGUCCCUCCAACAGCCUCUCAGCAGGUCCCUCCAACAGCCCCUCAGCAGGCCCCUACCACAGCCCUUCAGCAGGCCCCUACAACAGCCCCUCAGCAGGUCCCUCCAACACCCCUCAGCAGGUCACUACAACAGCCUCUCAGUGUGGUUGCAAGGGGAAAAGAGUCGUGGCCAGACAUGA